AUGAAUGCACUAAUAUGGAAUAUUAGAUCAGUGAACAUCAAAAAAGCCUUCAAAAGGCUUUUGUCAAUGCAUACUAAACACAUAUUCUUCCUUAUAGGUUUGAUGGAGCCUUUCCAACAAGCUUAUAAGUUGGAUAGUUACAGGAGAAGAUUAGGCCUGGAAACUGCAUUAUGCAGUGUUUCAGGCAAAAUAUGGGCCUUUGUGGAUGCUGAAUAUGAAGUAAAUGUGCUUGUAGACAGUGUCCAGCAAAUGACAUUGAAGUUGUCCAACUCUAACAAUAGCACAGAGAUGAUUGUUACACUGGUGCAUGCCAAAUGUGACAGGAUUGAAAGAAGAGAAUUGUGGGAAUCCUUGUAUCACUUAGCAUCAGACAAGACAUUACCUUGGCUUGUGGGAGGUGAUUUUAAUGUCAUUAUUGAUGAAGAAGAGAAAUAUGGGGGACUGCCAGUUACACUGAAUGAAGUAGAAGAUUUUAGGCAUUGUAUUCAAUCAUGCAAUCUCUCAGACCUGGGCUAUGAAGAAAUCACACAUUUGAUUAAGUUUGGUUCAGAUCAUUUACCACUACUACUUGAAUGCAAACAACAAGUUCAGCAAUUUAAGAAGUCAUUCAAAUUCUUGAAUUUCUGGACUAAACAUGAUACUUUCUUGGAUGUGGUGAAAUAUAAUUGGGAGACUGAUGUAUUGGCCAACUCUUUCAUGACUUUCAAUGUGAAACUGAAGAAAAUGAAGAAAGUGUUAUCAACUUGGAGUAAAAGUACUUAUGGUGACAUUUUUCAGAAGAUUACAAAUUUGGAGGAUGUCAUUAAAGCUCAUGAAGCAAUUUUUGAAGCCAAUCCAUCAUAUGCCAACAGGGAAAAACUCAUGAAAGGAAGAAGAAAGAGCUUGCAACAAACAGUGCAGGAAUUUGGCUUAAUCAGGAGAAUGAAAUUGCAGAAGAAGCAGUCAGAUUUUAUCAGGCACAAUUUCAUAAAACUGAUGUUCCUACACACGAUGCCUCUGAGGAAGAAGAAAGUCAGCAGAAUACUGGGCACUGUUGGGGAAGGCCCGAGCCAAGUACCCCCAGCUGAGUUAGAGCAUAGCGAGGCUCAGAGCGCUACCCCCUUGCAUGCUACCUCUACUCCGUCAGUCGCAGAAGAGCAGGAUAGGGCUCCAGUCCCUCCGGCUCCUUAG